AUGACGAUCGACGAGACAAUACCAGAUUCGCUGCACGAGAGGAGCGUUUCCGUACCCUCAGAACAAGAUGCUGCUGAUGUUGAUGAUGCACCAGAGGCUGCAGGACCGUCUCAUUCAGAUCAAGACCAUGCCACCCUGAAGUACUCCUUGCUCGGCCCAUCCUUGACCAAGGCAGGCCAGGACUCGGUUUCCGAGAUCAUUUAUAAUGCCUCCAAGGGGUCCAAGUUUUUCAACCGCGAGGAGGACAGGGACAAGACACUGACCGUCAAGAUCGACCGCAUCCUCCGCAAGAAACGCGACCUCGAGAGGCUGGACCUCUCUCCUCACCUGCGCAGGGCCGACGCCCUCAUCGCCGAGCUCGAGCUGUCCCGGGACCUCACACAACAUAUUGUCCACCUCGACUGCGAUGCCUUUUAUGCCGCUGUAGAACAGCUCGACCGUCCCGAGCUUAACGACCUUCCCUUUGCUGUAGGCGGCGGCGUCCUGACCACGUGCAACUACAUCGCGAGGAAGUUUGGUUGUCGCUCUGGCAUGGCCGGGUUUGUCGCCAAGAAGCUGUGCCCUGAUCUCAUCUUCAUCCCUCUCAACUUUGACAAGUAUACCGCAAAGGCAGCCGAGGUACGCGAGGUCAUAGCAGAGUACGACCCUCGUUUUGAGAGCGCUAGUAUCGACGAGGCAUACCUGAAUAUCACAGCCUACUGCCAGGAGCACAAUAUGCAACCCGAGGAAGCCGUGGCCCAGAUGAGGAGGCAGGUCCACGAGAGGACCAGCAUCACGGUAUCAGCAGGGAUCGCGGCCAAUGCCAAGCUGGCCAAGAUCUGCUCCAACAUGAACAAACCCAACGGACAGUUCCUGCUGCCCAACGAUCGGACUGCCAUUAUGAGUUUCAUGCGGGAUCUGCCCUGUCGCAAGGUCAACGGGAUCGGCCGGGUCUGGGAGAGAGAGCUUGCUGCGGUCGGUAUCAAGACCUGUGGGGAUAUUUACACCCAAAGAGAGUUCCUCAACCCGCUCUUCGGCGAGAAGGCUUACGAGUUCCUCCUACACUGCCACUUGGGCCUUGGACGUACCAACGUUCAGCCGGCCGAGGAAUACGAGAGGAAGAGCGUCGGUACCGAAAGCACUUUUGGUGAUCUGGCCGACCCCAAGAAGUUGCGCGAAAAGCUGCGGUGGACCGCCGAAGAGCUGGAGAAAGACAUGCGCCGGGCACAGUGCAAGGGCAGAACCCUGGUGCUUAAGGUCAAGCUGCACACAUUCGAGGUCUAUACUAGGCAGGCCGUAAUGCCCAAGGCCAUUUGCCUCGCAGACGACCUAUACAACUAUGCCCUCCCCAUCCUGACCAAGUUGGAACAAGAGAUGCCCGGUAUGAGGAUUAGACUGAUGGGUUUACGCUGCACCCAUCUCGUCAGCACCAAAAAACCCGACACGCGUGUCUUUUUUGGCCUGAAGCCGAGAAGUGGGACGAUGCCCAGUGCGCCUGGGAAAGUGCUGCGGGCGAUAGCACAAGACGUUGACGACGAUGGCUGGGAAAAAUGGCCAGAGGAGGAAAUAUUUAUUGACUCAGGAUAUGAGCCAGAGCCAGAGCCAGCUCCAGGCCCAGACCCGGACGGAGAGGCUGUUCCAAUAGGGCAGAACGGCACUUCUCCAUACCGGAGGCACGGGAAAGAGAUCGUGCCCAACCCUACACCCAGGAAAGAAUCGUCGCCGGCACAGGAAGCAUGGUGGGAAUGCCCCAUCUGCAGUCGGCCCCAGGCUGCGAACGAGAAGCUGUUCAAUGACCAUAUCGAUGCUUGCCUAUCCAGGCAAGCAAUUCGAGAAGCUGUUCAGAAAGAUUCGACGAUGAAUGUUCAAAGCCCUCCGACCCGAAGGGAUACACCAGAGCCUAAGCACGCCAAGCUCUCGUCCGAGAAGAAAAGAGGCCGGCCGCCCACGGGCGCCGAUCCAAAACAGAAGAAGAUCUGCUUUGGCUGA